AUGUGGCCGGACGGUGCGUUCAGGGUCCUGCUGCUGAUCAGCUCAGUGACAGCUCUGACUGUUCCGCCUCCGACCAACGUGAAGGUGACCUGCAAGAAUCUGAGAGUCGUGGUGAACUGGGAGUUCAGCGACCAGCAGCCACACACCAGCUUCAGAGUGGAAUCAAAAAGCAACGACGGGCAUCUUCUGAAUGUAACCACCGAGCACCAGUUUGAUCUGAGUGGGUUCAUCUGGGAGUCUCAGGAUCAAUACAUGAAUUUCCACGCAGUCAAAGUGACAGCUCUACAGGAGGGGGCGGAGUCCACCCCGGUCCCGUCUGAGAGCUUCAGCUUUAACAAGGGAAAGAUGGUCGAUAAACAGUGUUUGUUAGACUUCCCUCCUGUCGAGGUCGUGGCUGGAGACUCUGGAAACAUCGUCCGUUUCCCGAAUCCUUACCACUUCUACACAAAGCUGAAGCCCAAGAAGGAGGCCUCCUUCACAUUCAACGUCUCCUCAGAUCAGCGUAACUACACCUCCACCGAGUGCAGUCAGAGUGUCCGCGAGUGCAGGUUCGACCUCCCGCCCGGCGAGGAGGCGUGUGUCCGGGUCGGGGGAUGGCUGGACGGCGGGAACAAAGUCGAGAGAGUGGACUUCAUACGGACCGGCCUCAUCUGCCCCAGUAACACCAGCGACGCACGUGUGUUCACGUUCGUCUUCCUGCUGAUCGCCCUCGUCCUCAUAAUCAGUGGGUUAUCAAUUGCCAUCUACAAAGUGAGAGCCUGGACACUGACGAUAAAGCAGGCAAAGGCGGAAGCUCUGGAUAUUGAUCCAAACCACGAAAAGUAUGGACUGCUGAAAAACAAUGAAGAAGUCUUCAGCCAGGCUGUGGUCCUGGAACCCGGCUGCAGCUCGUCGGUCAGCUCGGAGGACGCCGACCAGGAGCCUGAAGACCAGGAGCCUGAAGACCAGGAGCCUGAAGACCAGGAGCCUGAAGACCAGGAGCCUGAAGACCAGGAGCCUGAAGACCAGGAGCCUGAAGACCAGGAGCCUGAAGACCAGGAGCCUGCACUGUUGCAAAACGUUGAAGCAGUCUUCAGCCCGGUUGAGGGCGUGAAACCCGGCUGCAGCUCGUCGGUCAGCUCGGAGUAUGAGGGACGGCCAGUGAGAGGGGACCUGGAGGAGCCUGAAGACCAGGAGCCUGAAGACCAGGAGCCUGCAGCUGUGGGGAACUAUGACCGCCUCCACGUCCUCUUAGAUGUGAAGGUCGACUUAGGGGACGGAGAAAUGACCGAUGCUUACAGAGAGGGAUAGAACAAACUGUCCGAGGUUCAGGACUGAAGUUGGUUCGAUGACUGUUUUAAUAACCGACGACCCAGGCCGGUCCAAACCAGGCCGAGAGACACCGGAGGACAGCUGGA